AUGACAUUCAGUCGAUGUUGUACACAAACGAAAACACUUGAUGUAACGGCGCUCAAGUGCGCGGCUGCAUCUCUUUGGAACUACAAUCUGUGGUCCAGCGCUCUAACGACUCUGCGAACAGUGCAGGUUGUUUCAGCUGGCUACAGUGUUUUAGAUGCAUUCCGUGCAAGGUUAGCUCACUACUUCGUUCCGGUUGUCAAGAAAGGAUUCGAUUCGACAUUGAUAUGGCGCUGGCUCGCCGAUGUUUUCAUGAAUUUAGACGCUGCAAUCGAAAUGACAACGAAGAAUGAUGAUUUGACGACCUUUCUACGGAGAUUCCACUGGGGCAAUGAGGAAAGAAAACAGGAAAAAAACAAUUUAACAGCUGAGUGGAUCAAGAAACAUCAUCCGGAAUUUGUUCGAAAUAUAAGAAAAGAAUUGCGUCGGCAAGCACAACUUCGAAGGAUGUUAAAAACGCUAAAUAAAAUUGGUCUGGAAUAA